AUGGAUCCUGGCCGCCAGGCAAUGAUUGACGGCCGAAGGUCUCCCAUUCGCCGCAAUGUCACAUCUGCCCGCGUCGACGCGAACAACCGAAUCUCGAAAUCCACGAAACCAGGACCCUCCAAGACGGCUCAACAUGCAACCCAGUAUCUCACAGCAGAAGAACAAUCGAGAAAGUUUGUAGCGGACGAGGAUAAAUUCGUGCUGAAGCAGUCCAAGAAGAAGGCGGACAUUCGGGUGCGCGAGGGGCGAGCAAAACCAAUCGACCGCCUGGCCUUCAAUCUGCGUUAUAUUGACGAGGAACGAGAUGUUUUCGAUGACGAUGAAGGAGAUAUAGAUAUUGAGCUCGAUUCGCCUGAAGCGACAGUACAGGGGCUGACCUUGACUCAACUUCAAGAACUCGAAUCGGAUAUUUCGUCAUAUCACAUUCUUGAGACGGACAGACGAAACCGACAAUACUGGGAAGCUUUGCGUACAAUCUGCGCCGACUUCAAGUCGAAAAUUGAUACGAAUAGCCGAGAUGGGCGUGUAGUAAAGAGCGUCGUGGACGAUAUCGAUCGCAUUCUCGGCCCAAAAUCGUAUGACGAGUUGGAGGCUCUGGAGAAGCAAAUCAAGGCCAAGUUACGGUCCGACGAAAACAUUGACACCGACUACUGGGAACAGUUGUUGCAUCAUCUUUUGGUCUGGAAAUCCAAGGCCACUUUGGCGCGAAUCUAUGAUGAAAUCAAAGAUAAGCGGGCCGAAAGGUUGAAAGCACGAGGACCGGUAGCGCGGCGGCAACAGGACCCAACAUCGAUUCCGAGUCCAGUUGUCCAUUCCGACUUGCCGCGUUCUCCUCAGCCUGGGGCGAGUGAAGAUGCUUCCAACGUUACCAACGCCCUUUACAACCGAGAAGCCGCAAAGGGUGUCUCUGAGAAUGAAGAGAUUUUCAAUGCGGAAGAACAAGUGCCUGCUCGUUCAAAGCCUCAAUGGGCAGGCAUAUACAAAGCCCGCAAGCCAAGGUAUUUUAACAGAGUUCAGAUGGGAUACGAAUGGAACAAGUACAACCAAACCCAUUACGACCACGACAAUCCCCCCCCGAAAGUCGUUCAAGGAUACAAGUUUAAUAUAUUCUAUCCCGAUCUUGUUGAUAAAACGAAAGCACCGACUUUCAAGAUUAUCCGCGAGCAUGGGAGGAGGAGAGGAGAGUCUUUCGCAGCGGCUGGUGAGACCGAUACAUGUCUGAUUCUAUUCAUAGCGGGACCGCCUUACGAGGACAUCGCCUUUCGAAUUGUGGACAGAGAAUGGGAUUAUAGUGCAAAGAGGGAUCGUGGAUUCAAGAGUUCGUUUGAAAAGGGUAUCUUGCAACUGCACUUUCAAUUCAAGAAGAUAUUCUAUCGCAAGUAG